CUAUACAAAAAUGGCGAAUUCAGUUUUGGUGACCGGAAGUUUCCCGUUUCUAGCAUGUCUGCGCCCUUGAGUUAUCCGAAGUACAGAGGAGUGUACGGAGCAACCCGGUAUUUGCUGGGUUAUGUCCGUGGUCAUACGAAACAGAAGCCUAAUACAGGCUGUUCGUCACGCUACUACUUUAGCUAGUUUUCAGUCUUCUGGCCAGGCUGAAAUAGACACCCAAGAAAAUGAACUUGUUAGCCCAAAUUUCACAAAUCGAAACCCGCGUAAUAUGGAGCGAUUGGCGCUAGCAUUGAAAGACCGUGGUUGGGCAACAGUUUGGCCAUCUAGACAGUACUGGCAUAGGUUAAAAUUUGAGCGCUCUCAACACCAUGUAACUGCUUUUGUCGAGCAUGCUAAUGGAAAUGUGCUACUCUCAGCGUCUACUCGAGAGUGGGCAAUAAAGAAACACUUAUACAGCACAAAAGACGUUAUGGCCAGUGAAAAUGUAGGCCGAGUUUUGGCUCAACGUUGUCUAGAAGCUGGAAUCAGUUAUGUUUUUUUCCAUGCAAUACCAUGGGAAUUUAAAUCUGAGAUGGUACAGAGAUUUCGAAAUGCAAUGAAAGAAGGUGGAGUGGUUUUAAGUGAGCCACGCCGUAUUUACGAAUGACAGUAAUAAUGUGUAAACACAUGCUAAAGUAUUUCCCUGGACAAUUAUAAACUGAAUUAAAAUAUAACAUUAUAAAUGAAACAAGUAAACAUUGUAAAGAAUCCUUUUUUUUUUAAUAAACGGUAAUAAAGCUUA